UCCCCUCUCUCCUCUUCCUCCCUUCAACCCCCAAGAAAGAGAGCGGAAAGGAUCCAAUUCGCACUCUCUCCGGACUCGAUUCCCCGGCUACUCCCUCUCGCCUCGAGUUCCCAUCAUUUAUCGGCCCCCUGUCCUUCGGAGAAAUCCUCCCCGUCUUCUCCGGCGAUCUCUUCUCUCACCCCAUUGAUAUAGGAAAAGAAAAGAGGACAGAUGGCAACAUAUAAGCCCAAGAACAUCCUCAUCACUGGGGCGGGUGGCUUCAUUGCAUCGCAUGUCGCCAACUGCCUCAUCCGAAACUACCCUGAGUACAAGAUUGUGGUUCUCGACAAGCUUGACUACUGCUCAAACCUGAAAAACCUUAAUCCAUCCCGCUCCUCUCCCAAUUUCAAGUUUGUCAAGGGCGACAUUGGCAGUGCCGACCUUGUCAACUAUCUCCUCAUCACUGAGUCCAUUGAUACCAUCAUGCACUUUGCCGCCCAGACCCAUGUCGACAAUUCCUUUGGCAACUCAUUUGAGUUCACCAAGAACAAUAUAUAUGGCACCCACGUUCUCCUUGAGGCUUGCAAGGUCACUGGUCAGAUCAGGAGGUUUAUCCAUGUUAGUACUGAUGAGGUUUAUGGAGAGACUGAUGAGGAUGCUGUGGUUGGAAAUCAUGAGGCAUCUCAGCUCCUUCCAACCAACCCAUAUUCAGCGACAAAAGCUGGAGCUGAGAUGCUUGUUAUGGCUUAUGGAAGGUCAUAUGGUCUGCCAGUGAUAACUACCCGAGGAAACAAUGUCUAUGGGCCAAAUCAAUUUCCUGAGAAGCUCAUUCCAAAAUUAAUCCUUUUGGCUAUGAGAGGGCUGCCACUUCCAAUUCAUGGUGAUGGUUCUAACGUUAGAAGCUAUCUAUAUUGUGAGGAUGUUGCUGAGGCUUUUGAAGUUAUUCUUCACAAAGGAGAGGUUGGGCAUGUUUAUAAUAUCGGGACUAAGAAAGAGAGGAGAGUGAUUGAUGUAGCAAAGGAUAUCUGUAAACUUUUCUCUUUGGACCCGGAUACGGUUAUCAAGUUUGUAGAGAACAGGCCCUUCAAUGAUCAGAGGUACUUUUUGGAUGAUGAGAAACUGAAGAACUUGGGUUGGUCAGAGAGGACCACUUGGGAAGAAGGGCUGAAGAAGACAAUGGAGUGGUACACAAGCAACCCUGAUUGGUGGGGAGAUGUGUCUGGUGCUCUUGUGCCUCAUCCAAGGAUGCUGAUGAUGCCCGGGAUUGAAAGAUGUAUUGAUGGGUCUGAAGAGGUGAAGGGCAUGGUUUCUCAGUUCACCAAUAAUCAGAGCAGGAUGGUCGUUCCUGUCUCAAAGGGUAUUAGUGGCUCUCCUCGGAAGCAUUCUUUGAAAUUCUUGAUCUAUGGUAGGACUGGAUGGAUUGGAGGCCUUCUAGGAAAGAUCUGCGAGAAGCAAGGGAUACCAUUUGAGUAUGGAAGAGGGCGUUUGGAAGAGCGCUCUCAGCUCAUUCUGGAUAUUCAGAAUGUAAAGCCAACUCAUGUUUUCAAUGCUGCUGGUGUGACAGGCAGACCAAAUGUUGACUGGUGUGAAUCUCACAAGACGGAGACAAUUCGCACCAAUGUUGUGGGCACUUUGACCCUAGCAGAUGUUUGCAGGGAGAACGGCUUGUUAUUGAUGAAUUAUGCUACUGGGUGUAUAUUCGAGUAUGAUGCUGGACACCCUGAAGGGUCAGGUAUUGGAUUCAAGGAGGAAGAUAAACCAAACUUCACUGGCUCUUUCUACUCGAAGACUAAGGCGAUGGUUGAAGAGCUUUUGAAGGAAUAUGAAAAUGUCUGUACUCUUAGAGUCAGAAUGCCAAUAUCUUCUGACCUCAGCAAUCCUCGCAACUUCAUUACAAAGAUAACUCGUUACAAUAAAGUGGUCAACAUUCCAAACAGCAUGACAAUCUUAGAUGAGCUUCUACCCAUAUCAGUUGAGAUGGCCAAAAGAAAUUGCAGGGGCAUAUGGAACUUCACUAAUCCUGGUGCUGUGAGCCAUAAUGAGAUUCUGGAGAUGUACAAAAAGUAUAUCGACCCUAGCUUUACAUGGGCCAACUUUACUCUGGAAGAACAGGCCAAAGUCAUUGUUGCACCUCGAAGCAACAAUGAGAUGGAUGCUUCAAAAUUGAAGAGUGAGUUUCCAGAGUUGCUAUCCAUCAAGGAGUCUCUUAUUAAGUAUGUUUUUGAACCCAACAGGAAGGUCCUUGCUGAUUGAGAUGCCAGCUGAAGCUCCCAGUUACUCUAGAUUUCGUUAUCAUAAAGUAGGACCUUAAUCUUCAUCCACUGAUUAGCAGCUUCAGCCACUAUAUGCUAGCAUGAUUAUCAUCAUAAGUUCUUCUAGGUUGUAGCAAAAUCUUGUUUCACUUUCGGUUCCUAUUUAUGGCUUGCUUAUGAUGAGAUGAAUACUCUGUCAUCUAAAUUUGGAUUGUGGUCCAAUUUAGCUGUUAUGUAUUAUAUUAGAUUCUACUGGUGAAGCCUGUUAUUGUUUAAGACUUACAUUCCACUAAUAAAUCCUCUUAUUGUUUUAAGAUUCAAAAA